AAUUUAAUCCUCUUCGAAAUGGUUGCACCCUUAUCCAAAACUCGAAGGCAAAACAAGGCCGCACUAGGUACAUAAAACAUUCAAAAAUCAAAGAUCGAAAUCGGACGCUCCAAAAGAGAUGAUUAUUAACCGCUCCAAAUCACUCUCAGCCACAGCUUUCCUGUCUUAAAGAGAGUGGGGCGGACGCUCCUCAACAAGACACCUCAUCUCUAAAGUAAAUUAAGAGAGCGAGUUAUGCAAAUCAGUGCUGCUAAAUACGUGACGCGUGUCCCUUCGCCAGCUGUGUCCCGAAAACCGAACCGCCUGCCUUGAGCCUUCAGUUCGAUGCCCAUAACUACUACCUCGAACCGCCUCUCCCGGUCACCCGACUCACUCCCUUUUAUAUAUGAUCUUCCAUAAAUCGCCCUUCACUACCCUCCCCCUGUUUACGACCUUCUCUGGUCUCAUCCCCUUCCUGUUGACAGUGAAGAGAGAAGGAACAAGAACAAAGAAAAACAAAAUACAGUCAUCUUAUAUCUGACUGGCUAUAAAUUAUAUAUAUAUAUAUAUAUAUAUAUAUAUUUUAAUAGAGACUGAGAUUGAGAAGAUAUGGCUACUACGAGAAAGGAAAUGGAUAGGAUCAAGGGGCCAUGGAGUCCAGAAGAAGAUGAGGCGCUACAAAAACUAGUUCAAAGACAUGGUCCGAGGAACUGGUCGCUAAUAAGCAAGUCAAUCCCUGGUCGAUCAGGUAAAUCAUGCAGGCUCCGUUGGUGCAACCAGCUCUCACCUCAGGUCGAGCACCGUGCCUUCACUCCUGAAGAAGACGACAAGAUCAUCCGAGCCCACGCUCGUUUUGGCAACAAGUGGGCUACAAUUGCCCGUCUCCUCAACGGACGCACCGACAACGCCAUUAAAAACCACUGGAACUCCACUCUCAAACGCAAGUGCUCUUCUAUGGCAGAUGACGGUAAUUUCUCCAAUCUCGACGGGUAUGAUGGUAAUUUGGAUGUUGAUGGUAAUCAGCCCUCCAAGAGAUCGGUCAGUGCAGGUGCUGGUGUGCCUCUCUCUACGGGGCUCUACAUGAGCCCGGGCAGCCCCUCUGGAUCAGACGUCAGCGACUCGAGCCCCCCCGGUUUAUCUUCUUCUUAUAAUCAUAAUAUAUACCGUCCCGUUGCCCGAACCGGAGGGGUUUUGCCUCCGGUUGAAACGGCAUCAUCAUCGGACAACAACGACGACGACCCCCCUACCUUACUGAGUUUAUCUCUACCCGGGGCUGAUCCAGCAACCAAGUUGCCCAACCGAGUCGUCGAGCCAGCUCAGGAGCGAGUCUUCGAGCCAGCUCAGCAGCCAAAACCCAAUACAGUGACCCCCUUUUGGGUGGCAGCGGACCCAGCUCAGGUGACCGCCCCGGGAAUGGCUGGUCAGACUGGACGGCCCGGAUGCGGUUUUGUUGGGUUGAGCAGGGAGCUAAUGAUGGUGAUGCAAGAGAUGAUAAGGAGGGAAGUGAGGAAUUAUAUGAUGGAACAGAGUGGUGGGGGCAUGUGUUAUCAGGGUAUGAGUGGAGAGGGGUUUAGGAAUGUUGUAGUGAAUAGGGUUGGGGUUGGUAGGAUUGAGUAAUGAAAAUUAUGAGCUAAAAAUAAAGGUGAGAAAUGUGGGCAGAGUAGAGUGUAGGGAGGGGGAGAGAGAGAGAACUGGGCUUUGGUUCUUUCGCUUUUUGUUAGGGAAUAAUUUUGGGAUUGUACAGAGUGUGCGUGUGAGAGAGAGAGAGAGAGAGAGGUAUGGGUAAAAGGUGAAAAAUGGUGUUGAGAGAAUGCCGAGAGAGCGAGAGAGAGGAAACGGUAAAAAUGGAGACAUUUGUGUAAACUGGAUGUUGUUUUGAUGAGGGAACUGGAAAACUUGCGACAAGAAAAUGGAAAAGAACACAGAAAAGAAAGGUCGUUUUAAGACUUAAUCUAAGUGUCUUAUGUCUCAACUCUCAACUGGUUUUUAUUUUUUAUUUUAUUAUGAAUUGUGUGGAUGUCUA